AUGGGGUCACCAUCACCAAAUAUUAGUGAAGACCUUGAUAAACCUGAUCUGGACAUCAGCGUUCCAACUGAAACAUUUGGAGAAAUGAAUCGAAAAAGAAAAAUCGAUGCAGAUAGAUUUAGUCCCUCCCAACUCGACGAAGUAAACAGUCAAAAAAUUAGUGAUGAAAUUGUUAACAUGAUUGUCACUGAUAAGUUACCUUUAGAAUUUCUUGAAGGCAAGGGAUUCAAUAAGUUUAUGCAAAUUGUUGAACCAAAGUAUGAAAUUCCUUCAAAAACUAGCAUUAUGUGUAGGAUUAGAGCGCAUUAUGAAAACGCAAAAGAAAAACUUAAGGACAGACUUUUUGAGUGCCCUGAUGUGGCAAUAACUGCAGAGCGUUGGUCAUCUAUGGAAACAAAAUCUUUUAUCACUGUUACUGCUCAUUUCAUAGAUGAGAAAUGGCAAUAUAUAAAUUUUACUUUAUCUACAAUCGAGCUGCCAGAUGAACCCAUAUUUGAUGAUUAUUUCACAAAUAAAUUAAAGGAAAUUUGUGAAGAAUGGAACAUAGAUAGAAAAAUAACUGUUGUGGUCCAUGAUAUUGCCCUCAAAGUUGAGAACACUUUUACAAGAGAAGAAAAAAAUUUUGAACGCAGCGUACCGUGUUUUGCACAGUCCUUGCAAAUGUGUAUUAAUAAUGCCCUGGUUUCGAAAAAUUUGCAGGAACUGGUAAUAAAGAGUAGUUCUGUCGUGUCACAUUUUCAAAAUUCCGAGCAAGCAAAAAGGGCUUUGAAUGAAAAUGGAAUUAACGCAAAGCUUAAUAUCGAAGGGCAUAAAUUGAUACAGCAAAAACAUAACUGCUGGAAAAGCACUUUUUAUAUGUUUGAAAGUUUACUGGAACAGAAACAGACAGUGUCUGAUAUUUUGGCUGACCGCUCCAUUACAACUGCCGAAGAAGCAUCUUUCCUAGCAUUAACAACAGAAGAAUGGUAUUCAAUUAAAAGUGUUACCGAAAUUUUAAAACCUUUCGAAAUAUCGACCACGGUUUUAUGUUCGGAGCAAAAAUUGACAUUAUCGAUAAUAAGGCCUUUAAUGACAGCAAUAAUAAAUAAUUUCUUGGAUAAAUUAACUGAUCUAGACACAGCCAAACUAAGACGAUUCAAAAAUAUUAUUAAAAGGCAAAUAACGGAGCGAUUUUUAUGUAGUGUAACAUAUUGUAAGGAGGAGGUCCUCUCAAUCUUUGACAUCACUUCUUUGAUGGAUCCGAGGUAUAAAAAUUCAUUACCCGAACACAUCAAGAAUGCAGGAAAAACUUAUUUAAAUCGUCUACUAACAGAAAUGAAGACGGAAAUAGUACCAAAAACUGAACAAAAAAUAACUUAUUAUUUAGAUUUGCUGUUCGAUGAAACACGGGAUACUAUGGACCCACCAGAAGUGGAUGUAUAUUUUCUUGAGCCUGGUAUAAGUAAAAAGGAAUGUCCAUUAGAAUGGUGGAAAAAACGGUAA